AUGCCUGGGCUCGACCACAUCAUCCCACGACCCGACUCGAGGGAGCUCCUCCCACCAUUACUAGCCUGUCUCGCCGCAGCCAGCACAUCCAAAGACGCCCCACCAGGCUUGCUGCCUCUUCUGUCGCCCAUCCUCCGCCAGCGAAUACAGCUGCUCUCAUCCAGCGACUGGCUUUCGCUAUUAUGUUGGGACAGCGACAUAGGCUCGAGGUUGCCGCAAGUCAUUGAGAAAAUACACGUCGAACCACACCCCGCUUCAGGAGAGAUUGAGGUGGAAGAGCCAGAUCAGAUACUCUUCCGGCGGUCGGAUCCUGAGACACUGCAUUCGAGAUUGGUGCUCAGUGAGUUUGGCCUUUUACCGACAUACCUGUGGUGCACGGGCGGUGACGGUGGGAGCAAAUGGCUUCUUGCUGAGCUGAGAGCAACUGAGGAUGCCGACGAUGGCACGGCAUGGUUCGAGAGCAUCGUCGAGGCGAAUGAGACUGGAGCACAACAAAAGGCAGGCAAGAGUAAUGGAAUCCCGACGCAGCAAGCAUCGCUACAACCUGAGCCUGUAAAGGACGAUGAAGAGGACGACGAUUCAUACUGGGCUGCUUACGACCGUACGCCUGGGCAGACACCGCAACAAAAGCGAUCUCCCGCUCCAAUGGCCGCUAAGCGAACGCAAAUGGGGCCAACACAGUCAGAGUUGGACUAUUUUGCGCGAUAUGCCUCUGAGGUACAACCCGCGCUUGAUGCGCAUGACCCCGACGAGGAGCUCCCAGGACCGGGCGAAUCGACAUUGAACGGCAACGAACUAAAUUAUACCAGUGAGCCUCAACCUAAGCCACUCGAGACCACAAACCUGGGGCCAAAUGACAACGACUCGUCUAUGCCACGGGCCUACACAAAUGCCACAACAAACGACAAUGGUCUCUACGGAAAUGACAGCCCAGAACACAUCGAGCCCAUGGAGGAGAACCCUAGUGCAUCACUAAACCAUCCACGACCCUCCUCCUCAGCAUCAAUCAACUCCGUGGAAAGGCUGGAGCGCCAAGCAGAAAGCUACAGCCAAGCGGAACUCGCUAUCAAGCAGCACAUUAGCACGGAUAUAAAGAGCUUGUUCCGCCUAGCUAGAGCGUCCGGGAUUGACAGGGAAGAGUUUGAGCGCAUCAUUCAAAGAGAGCUAGAGGUCCUGCCUAUGCUCGAGCAGGAAAUGAAUUGA